GUUCUGGCUCCACAGAAAAAGCACUUUGGGUCCUGAAAUUCAUUUUGAUAGCCGAUAGAAUUCUACAGGAUGUGGUAUUAGUGUCUGAAAACAGCCAAGAUCCAGUGAUCCCCAGGCAUGCACCUCCAGAUGGUGGAGACAUCAGGCACUAUCCUGGCGCCCAGGCAUUCACUUGGUCCUAGUGGCUAAUAAAGUGUGACCAUGAGUGCGGGCUCUAUUGAGCAGGAACCGACACGCAAGCUGGCUUGCUGUGGGGUCCCCCUCAUCACGGAGGACAUGCAGUCACUGGCCAUCCGCACGCUGUCCGGCACGGACAUCAACAAACACUAUGACCUCAUCCGCGAGCUGGGAAAAGGGACCUACGGCAAGGUGGACCUUGUUUCCCACAAGAGCACAGGCACCAAGAUGGCGCUGAAGUUUGUCAACAAGAACAAGACAAAGCUGAAGAACUUCCUGAGGGAGUUCAGCAUUACCAAUACACUCUCCUCGAGCCCCUUUAUAAUCAAGGUCUUUGAUGUAGUCUUCGAGACGGAGGACUGUUACGUGUUCGCCCAGGAAUAUGCACCUGGCGGAGACCUCUUUGACAUCAUUCCGCCACAGGUGGGGCUUCCUGAGGACAUGGUGAAGCGCUGUGUGCAGCAGCUUGGCCUGGCCUUAGAUUACAUGCACAGCAAAAACUUAGUCCACCGGGACAUCAAGCCGGAAAACGUCCUCCUCUUCGACCGCGACUGCCGGCGUGUCAAGUUGGCCGACUUUGGCAUGACGCGCAAAGUGGGGUGCCGGGUGAAGCGCAUCAGCGGGACCAUCCCGUACACGGCGCCCGAGGUGUGCCAGGCCGGCCGGGCCGAGGGCUUCACCGUGGACACCAGCAUUGAUGUGUGGGCUUUCGGGGUGCUCAUCUUCUGCGUGCUGACGGGCAACUUCCCCUGGGAGGCAGCCUCGGCCUCGGACACCUUCUUUGAGGAGUUUGUGAGGUGGCAAAAGGGGCGCCUGGCGGGGCUGCCCUCCCAGUGGCGCCGCUUCACGGACAACGCGCUGCGGAUGUUCCAGCGCUUGCUGGCCCUGGACCCGGAGAAGCGCUGCCCUGUGAAGGAGGUCUUCUUCUUCAUCAAGUACGACCUGAUGUCGGAGGUGCGGCGCCGGCCCUCCUACCGCUCCCGCAAGCACACCGGAGACAAGCUCUCUGCCGGCCCUCACCGCCACGAGACGCCCAGCAGUUGCACCCCGACCCCCCUCAAGAGGACCAUCCUGACAGAAGGCAGCGUCUCCCGGCUGUCUGCCUCAGAGUCUGGCCUCCCUUCCCCCGGGGCGGGAAGCAGGACUGAUGGGCGGCAGGACAAAGGCAAAGGCCAGAUGGUCCUGGCCACAGCCAUCGAGAUCUGCGUCUGACGAGGGCGUGGCAGGCCCCUCGGUGCCUCACGGCCUGCAGUUAAGAUGUCAGCACUGCAAUGCCCUCUCCUGCUCUGGGACAGGCUGCGUGCGAACGGAAUCCAUUUUGGGGACCAGGAUCCAUGUCUUUUGAAGCAAAAAAACAACAACGAAAAAUGGGGUGGUGGGGGAAGAGGAUAGAAAAUGUGGCUUUCCGUUUUCCUCAGUAAUCCUAAGGAUGUCCAUGGUUGUCUGAGGCCACAGGAGAAGAAAGGCCUUCUCUCCUCAUUCACUUGAAGACUGGGAGCUGAGGCCUGGAUUAAGGGACUGCUGAGUCGGUGGCAGGAGAAGACGGAGCCCAUAGCGCCUCAAGGAUGAACAUCUGAGGGAAUCGGGACUUUGUCUCUGAAGGGAGGGGAGGGAAACCCAGUUGGCCGGUGGCUUUCUCUUUUUGCCCAUCAGGAGUAGCUUUGAGAUGGUUUCCGAGCGGGGGUCCUUGCGAUGAAAAUAAUAAUAAUAAUAAUGGAAUGGGUUGGGGGUUGGGUGGAGGGGCAGAAGUGGGGGCAGAAGAGCCCCAUUGAUCUGGCAAGCAGUUUCUUUCUGGGCCUGCUGGGAUAGAGUUGGUGGUAAGCAAAGAGGCUGGGGCUGGUUAUUUAAGUCAUCCGGAGCCUCUUUGCUGGGCAUCAACUGGCUUACAGCGCCCCUACGCCUGGUUGCCAGGGGGUGAAGUCAGAACAGACUCCCAGAAAAAGAGGCUGGUGAGCUCAGUGUGCUGGGGGAGGGCUGUCUGUUGAAUUGGCACUUGUACUGGAUCCAGCUUCCAAUUCCAAUAGCAAGGGGGGAACAGGGAUCCCAGCUGAGACCGACACGUAGCACAGCUAAUAUAUCACUUCCUGAGGAAGUGGCGGGGAGAGUCGUUUUUAUUUCUGACUGGCGCUAACCCCCCAGGUGUGAGCAAAGUGCAGCGUCAGGGCAAUCCGGGGACCACAGAGAUAUCACAGUGAUGCCAUUGGUGCCACUGAUGUAGCAAGUGUUUCCUGUGUCAACGUGUGCGUGUGGCUGUAUGUAAAUGUGUCUCUACAGUCUGGAUGUUUGGGUCAGUCGUUCACUGUUGGCCACGUGGCCAUCGCCCCUGAGGAAAAGGCUUGGGUGCUUGGGCCGAAUGAUGGGGAGGACAAAGGGGAAGCCAUUUUGUGUGAGGCCACCGCCCGCCUGUGAUCACAACCAGGCAUGCGCACUGCAAGAGGUGCGCGUGUGGGGGGAAGGGCAUUCUGUGUGGGAGCACAAGCUUCUUCCUGCAGCGCACUGGGAGUUCACAGCUCAGACAGGGCUCUCUAGUUCAGGGGUGGGCAAUCUUUUUCCUUCUCAAGAACUGCAUUCCUUCUAUUGAGGUGGGGGAUACACACACCUUGAAAGUGGGUGGAACAGGAGUCAAAAUCAGGCAGGGCCAGGGCCAAAGGUGAAUAUGGAUACCCCAUCUUUCUCUCUUUCUACCACCCCCUUUUCUCUCUCUUUCUGUUGCUCCUUAUCUUUCUUUUUUCAGUCACCCCCUUUUUUUCUCUCUCUCUG